AUGGGGAAGGAGGAUACUCGAGAGUCGGUGUUGCUAGGCUCUCGUAUGGCCACGCGUGAUGACGCGCUAGCGCUCGGGCCUGAGCAAUCACACCGCAUUAUUGCGGUGCUCGAGGAAGCGGCCGAAAAACUGGGCUUCCUAGGGAGCAUCAUGCCCGAUGUACUGCAGCAUAGGGACGAGCUCAGCAAGUUCGUUGGAGACGAGAUAUCGCGCAUCAUUCAGGAACAACGUCAGCUUGAGGCCAGAUAUGAGAAGCUCAUCGCUCAAAGGAGCACACUGAAAGGGCUAGCCAACAAAUCCCGCUACAAGGAGAUCCAAGCAGAGAUUCAAGAGGUCAGCCUAGCUCUCCGAGAAUCCACGAAAAAUCUCUGCCGCAACCUGAAAGAUAACCCCAAUAUCAGCGGAAACCUGUUGAAGAUCCAGAGGGAGAGGACGGAGCUGAUCGACCUCCUCACCGACUCGUGUAGACAGAUCGGAGAGACUCGAUCGUUCCAGGCGCUAGUCAGCGUGGUCGAAGACAGCCGUCUAGCGCAGAGCCAGCAGAGUGAGCUGGUGAGGCGGGAGAAAGAAGCCACGCAAACCGUCAAGAAGCUCGAGGCGGAUCUAUUCGCCGAAAGGGCCGACCACUCAAGACAGGUCACGGAGAAUAAGACGACAAUGGUCGACCUCAAGCAGACGCUGCUCAAGGUCAAGUCGAAAACGAGUGUUGAUGUGAAGUACAGCCGGAAAGAGCACAGCGCUCGCGUGUCGAGCUUGCUGCGCGUGUACGAGCAGUACGAGCGACAGCUCGAGGGAAAGGUCAAGGAAAUGGAAAGGCUGAAAGAGGUUGAGGCAGCCGUGAAUGUGCAGACCAUGGAAUUUCUGGAGAAGAAGAGGAAUCAGUUGCAGGACGAGGUUGAUGCGUGGGAAGAAAGAUACGUGGAGGAAGUAGGAGAGCUAGAGAGGAUCUGCGAUGAUCUCACGAACGAAAGGAACGAAAUGCUAAUCAAGCUGGAGGGGUUGAAAAGACGGAAACAGAUCGAGACAGAGGAAAAGCAAGCGCGAGAGGACGCGAAAGCGUUGGCAGUGUUGGAGGAGCAAGCCAGGACGGAGCUGGAGAGAAGGCAGAACCAGGCCGCCACUCAGAUCCAGCGGGUCAUGAAGGAGUACGUGUUACGGCAGAUCGCCAACAAGAGCAAGAAGGGGAAGAAGGGGAAGGGGGGAGCGAAGGGCAAAGGUGGAAAGAAGGGCAAGAAAUAG